ACUCUGUCCAUGAAUAGUAACAGUAUGUCAGUGUAGCUGACAUGCUCCCUCUGGCUUAUCUCACAGAGCCAAAGACCAUGUUCAACAAGGAUCCCCUGCUACUGGCCCUCCAAGCCUGACGACUCCACAAUACUCAGGAUCCCCCUGCUACUGGUCCUCCAAGCCUGACGACUCCACAGGACUCAGGAUCCCCCUGCUACUGGUCCUCCAAGCCUGACGACUCCAGAGGACUCAGGAUCCCCCUGCUACUGGUCCUCCAAGCCUGACGACUCCACAGGACUCAGGAUCCCCCUGCUACUGGUCCUCCAAGCCUGACGACUCCACAGGACUCAGGAUCCCCUGCUACUGGUCCUCCAAGCCUGACGACUCCACAGGACUCAGGAUCCCCCUGCUACUGGUCCUCCAAGACUGACGACUCCACAGGACUCAGGAUCCCCCUGCUACUGGUCCUCCAAGCCUGACGACUCCACAGGACACAGGAUCCCCCUGCUACUGGUCCUCCAAGCCUGACGACUCCACAGGACUCAGGAUCCCCUGCUACUGGUCCUCCAAGCCUGACGACUCCACAGGACUCAGGAUCCCCCUGCUACUGGUCCUCCAAGCCUGACGACUCCACAGGACUCAGGAUCCCCCUGCUACUGGUCCUCCAAGCCUGAUGACUCCACAGGACUCAGGAUCCCCUGCUACUGGUCCUCCAAGCCUGACGACUCCACAGGACUCAGGAUCCCCCUGCUACUGGUCCUCCAAGCCUAACGACUCCACAGGACUCAGGAUCCCCCUGCUACUGGUCCUCCAAGCCUGACGACUCCACAGGACUUAGAAGAAGCUAGAGCUUGACCCCAUUGGAGUGCCACUAUGGGGAAUGUGAUGAGGGGUGUGGAAAAUAGCAACGAAACAAAUACAAACUGCCAUGACAGCGCACUAAAGGGAGAAGACGAUACACUUGUCGUUCUCCAUGACUAUCCUUUUCCAGACAUCAGUGAGCCGAUCUUCAGGAUGGGAGAGAAGCUGAGGGUCUUGUCUCAGGAAGGUAACUGGUGGAGAGUCCGGUCUGGCCAAUCAGGAAGGGAGAACUACAUCCCUAAUAACUAUGUUGCCAAAGUCUACCAUGGAUGGUUGUUUGAGGGAGUGGCGAGGCAGAAGGCGGAGGAACUACUUCGCCUCCCUGUAAACAGAGUGGGAUCCUUCAUGAUCAGAGAGAGCACACAGCAGAGAGGUGUCUACUCCAUGUCUGUAAAGCACAGAUCCAUCAAGCACUAUAAAAUCUAUCGCUUGGAGAACAACGGCUGGUACUAUAUCUCUCCUCGUCUGACCUUCCAGUGCCUGGAAGAGAUGGUCAACCACUACUGUGACUCUGCAGAUGGGCUUUGCUGUGUUCUCACUGGCCCGUGUUUGUGUGGGACCGCCAACCUCCUUGACACCACCACUCAACCACCCCCUGUAGUGAUGCGCCGUAAUAACUUUGACUGGAAGAAAGUAGACAGGAAAGAUCUGAUCAGUGCAGGGGCUCCCCAGGGGCAGCAGAACAGGGACACCAUGGUGAGCUAUGGAGUCAGGAACAGCAUUGCGUCUUACCUCUCUCUUGCCGGGGCUCAGGGCCCUAGACAGCAGCAAAAGAACCACAAGAAGAAUAAAUCUGUCUACGUCACCUCCCACAGUCUCAGCCAUAUGGAACUGGAGGAGGACUAUGAUACGUAGUGGCCUGCAUAGGCCAGUGGUUCUCAAACCUCUCUUUGGGGACCCCCAGACGUCCAUGUAUUUGAUCUAUUACAGAGCUAGCACACUUGAUUCAACUUGUCAACUAAUCAACAUGUACUUGACUAGGUGAAUCACGUCAGUUAGUAAGGGCUAUAACAAAAUUGUGAAACGUCUAGGGGUCCCCGAGGACAGGUUUGAGAAGAACUGGCCUAGGCUACCAGAUUCGGCAUGGGUUCGAAUCCAACCCACUGCCUUUCUGACUUGCUAUCUUUGUUGUCGCAUCUUCACUGUCCUAUCUCAAUAACAGAAAUGAAGCCCACAGAAAAUAAGUUUUGAAAAAGACUAUGAGACUAAGAGGAGCAACGGCUCAAGGAUCCAGACUUUGACACAGAAAUGAGAACUUUGAACCAUGGAACUAGAUAAACUAACAUUUUCUCUUCUGAUCUCGACACCCAGAACCAAAUCUUGCGCGGUGGCCAGAGUCCCUAUUUAAAUGUUAACCUCUGUUACGAGAUAUUAUAUUUUCCCCCAAUACACACACUGCUCCUUAUCUGAGCCUUUGGGAUUGAACUGAUAAGGAAUUGAAAGCUCAGUGGGAUAAAUCAACAUUGAAGUUGAAGUCCGUCCAGAGUCCAGAGCACUGACCGAGUGUCCUGCAAAAAUACAACACAUGUUCGCAUCAUGACAGUCGAUAAAAUAGUUGAAUGCUGUGUUGUGGGUGUUUGUGUGAAUGUGUAAUAUUCUGGGUGUCACGCCCUGGUCGAAGUAUUUUGUGUUUAUCUUCAUGUUUGGGUCAGGCCAGGGUGUGGCAUGGGGUUUUUGUAUUGUGGUGUGUUUU